GUACCAGGUGCCUGUACUCCCCUUGUUAUACGGUACUAGCUGAUAUUGAGAGGUGCCGGUUCUCUGAAGAGAAGAACAAAACAUGGGCUGGUACUGAAUACCGGUGAGUACCGGCCUACUUCAAGCACUGCUUAUAACCCGUAUUAUUACCACCCGAAUGUGGCCGAGCUUCGAGACGAACGGAGGCGGAAAUUACCGACAAUUACGUCAGACACUUCGGAAGUCUCGUGUCGCUGACAGCGAAGGAGAGAAAAAGCAACAAGAAGGAAGAGCAAUGGCGACACUGGACGGGAAGCUGCCGAGCCCGGAUACGUUUCUGUACAAACCCUGGUCCACGUACGCCGAUGCGGCUAAACUGUACUUCUGUGGCGGUGCACGCGGGAACGAUACUGUCGGCAAGGAGCUGCUCCUAGACGGCCGGGGGGAGGCGAUGAAACUCAGCAAGGACGACAUGCGAGUGUUCGGCCAGUGUCCUGCACAGGAUGAUUUCUGUCUUGUUGUGUGCAAUAUCUGCAAUCAAGUUGUUAAACCUCAGGGCUUCCAGAUGCACUGCGAGCGGAGGCAUGGCUCUUCCUCCAGUCCCCGGGGCCUUUCUAUCCCCAAGAAGCCUAAAGGUCCCCUAGGCCCCGACCCCGGCGGCUCCCCCAGUGCGCCAGCCAGGCCCUACAAAGCAUCUCGAGACCACCCGCACAGUGCCUCCAACAGGAAACCCCAUGCCAUGAACCCACCCAAAGUGUCCCAGGGCAAGCCAUGUCUUUCAGUACCUGUGGUAAGUCUGGAGAAGAUGCCCCCCCUGGGGAGAACCAGGACUGCCCCCGUUCCUCUUGGUGUCAAAUCUUCCCUAAUGCCACCAGCAUCCCAGAAAUCUCUGGAGAAAGUCCUCAAUGGACGAGGGCUUCCGGGCCCUGCCUGCUCGUAUGAACGGCAUCCCACCACGUCCCCCGCCACGCUGGACAGACGGCCCAGUGUCUCCCCCUCUGCCAUUGACAGGCGGCUGACCCAUUCUCCCUCCUCAUUGGACAAGCGGCCCAAUGCCCCUCCCUCGCCACUGGACCGGCGGCCCAAUGCUUCGCCUUCUCCUUUGGAUCAGAAGCUCGGUACCCCUCCCUCUCCUCUGGACAGGGGACUCGGUGCCCCAUCCUCAUCGCUGGACAGAAGGCAUCAAAAUGGCACAAAGGGGGCCAAGCUGUCAGGAAGGAUUUUUGACCCCAACAAGCACUGUGGAGUCCUGGACCCUGAGAGCAGAGUCCCAUGCACGCGAUCGCUGACCUGCAAGACGCACUCACUGACACACAGACGCGCUGUGCUGGGCCGCAGGAAGCUUUUCGACUCGCUUCUGGCAGAGCACAGGGGGCGACUUCAGGAGAGCAACACGGGCCGUGGCAAGGAGCAGGCGGGCUGGAGGGACUCAUCCAAGGCUUGGCCCACCCUGUCACAUGACUGCCAGAACGGUGUGCCUGCAAACUGUCAUGAUGGCAAAGGCGCAGCCACACUGAAGACCCGCUUCUGUCUCAGCGUGAAUAACGGCUCCGGUGUCAUACCUGCUGUGGGGUCCGCACCCCCCUGCCUGGGGGGGGAUGACGGAAGCCGAAUAUCUAGCGACGAGGGUGGCGCUCUGGAGGACUGCGACGCUGCGGACUGUCCCGGCUCGACCCGCCACCCUUUGCCCCUGGGGUACUGCUCCUUCGGCAGCCGGCUGAUGGGCCGCGGACACUACGCUUUUAACCGCAGCCUGUGUCGCCUGAGACGGGCACUGCAGCACAUAGUGGACAGACACAUGAGCUCGCAGAGGAAGGUGCCCCUGGUAGCUGAGGGACCCAGGGCCUUCCCUGGGGGGCUGCCCAGCCUCCAGCCCCUGGGUGCACCGGGCUCGGCCUGCCUGUCCCCCUCCGUGUCGUCGUACUCCGUGAGCACCCCCGCCAUCGCCGCGCCGUCCAGCGAUGUCUCCAUGGCGACCUGCCUGGCCGUGUUCCCGCGUGGCGGCCGCGCCUGCAGACCCUCGCCUGAGGAAGUUGACUCGUUUGUGCCUCCCAGCCCUGGCCAGGCCCCCAUGUCGACCCAGGGCAAGAAGGUCAGAGCCAAAGGAAGCGGGGGCCAGCGGUCAGCGGCGGCCGGGGGCAUCCCGGGAGGCAGGAGGGGCAGGCCCCCCCAGGCCGUGACACCUCCCUGGCAGGCGUCGCUGUCUUCCCCCACGAGGCCCCGCUUCACCGCAGGCUCCUCCUUCAGCUCGCACUCAGCUCCCACCAAUGGGGGGCCCCCUUUCUGUGCCAAAGCAGAGCCCCCGGGACACACCCGACACGGCGAGGCUGCCAAGCCGGCGGGCGCUGAUGCAAAGGUGUCUCACUCCCUCACGGAGGAGCACGGCCUCCUCGCUUUAUCGCGCCCCCACGGGCGGAAGCACAAGAUGCCCAGCACCUAUGGGAAGGCCAGCAAGGUGGCCAAGGUGGCAGGUCUGAGUGGCGAUGACAGGAGGAGCACAGUCAGCUUUCUGGCCCCUGUGUCGGAGGCUCCCCACAGCGCCCCCUUCUGGCAGUCCCAACCUAAAGUGCAUCACUGAGGCCUGGUGUGUGGAGCUGCUGUCUGCUGCUGGGGCCUCGUCCUCCACAGCGUCGACGACACGCCCGCAUCCCUCCUUCUGCCCGGGUUGUCUUCAGGCUGCUGUCCACUCAGCAGAUCGCUGCCUCUGAUUUUUGCAGCUGAACCCUUUGCUGUGUUUGGAGGGGAACUGCCAUCCUGCUUCAUUUUUUAGCAGGUAUUGUUUGAAUGUGUGAUAUUUAUUAGUCAGACUCUCCUUUUUUUAAUUAACAAAACUAAAUCUGAAUUUGGGGAUUUCGACUGAGUCCCAGGACAGGACCUGUGCACAGGUGUGGCCUCAGCGCUGGGCCUUUAGCCAAACACAGGCCCACUCCAGACAGAAGUGGCUCCCCCAGCAGAUCAGUGUUAAAAGUGCACUUAACCCUGGUCUGGAACUGUCUGUGAAGCAACAGACCAGGUGCUUUGAACCAAGGGAAUCUAUUUUGCUGAAAUGUUUUUUUUUUUUUUUAAAUAUAGGACAGAGUCAGGUUUUUGAGGAGGUUUGUAUUAAUUAUUGCAAAGCAUUCAAAGUUUAGGCUCACCACGUAAGUGUAAUAUUUUAUAGUGUACGUUUUGUAUGGUAAUUUAUUAUUUCUUGUAAUAACUUUCUAACUGACCUGAAAAGUGCUACAGAUGGAAAGAGGAAUUAUAUUUGUACUUCCUUUGUAAAGUUGAAAGUAUUAUUACUGAGUCCCUGUCGUCGAAAAAUGUGUACAAAUCCUAAUUAUUUUUGUAUUUAUUAUUUUUUCAGAGCUAAAAGCAUUUAGGGGAUUUCUGCCACCCUGGUCUGGUAAAUACUGGUAAAUAUGAAACUAUAUCGUUUUGUGUCGUAAAGGGCACAGCACUACUACUUUGCAUUGGGCCAGCAGUGAGGCCAAUUGAAAGAACACCCCCUUCCUGUGGGGUUGUGCACCCUCCCUGCCAUGUCACCCUGAAACUUCAGGAGAGUGUCCUCUCGCCUGUUUGUUUUUUUCUUUCUUUCUUUGGUCCUUUUCCCUUAAACGGCGGGGUCCACGACUUAAGCGUGCAGGAAAAUCCCACUUCUCAGGAUAUCCCAGGCCUGCUGAGCACAGGGAACGACAUCGUCAAAGCCAGAGCAAAGUGUGGCUGGGUUAGCAGCUCAGCCAAGGCUACCUAUCACUGCUCAGCCAAGGCUACCUGUCCCUGCUCACUUUUCUGCUGGGCCUCUUGCUCCAAAAACCCUGGGAGACCUUUGCUUUUAUGCACUUUUUAUCCUGUGUCAGGAUCUUGUUCAGCACUUAUUUAUAUUCUGAAAUAUGUGGAAAUCUAAUAUUAAUUACUUAGGGAAAAUGUGUUUUGUUUGCUAAAUGUUGAUGUUUCCUAAACCCCAAGUAUCACAAGUGUACACACACACACACACACACACACACACACACGCCCACACACAGGCGUAUGCAGUCACACCCGCGUUCCCACCCUUCUGCUCAGUGCUGCCCUCAUCCUAUCAUACUGAUGCAUUCUGACAGCUACUCGCCCUUCUCUGCCCACCGUUUUCCAUAUUGUAUAUGUCAUAUUCUUUUCCAAGUCACAUUUCUAACAGGACAGGGAGAUGCAUGGCUUUGGCGGGCCGAUCUUCCGCCGUGUCAUCACAAGCAGACGUCAUAUGAAAGUCACCGUUCAGUACUGCAUGCCAGAAGACCUCCGUCAGCCACAGGCAUGUAGUAGAUGUAUGGCUAACGUGUAGCUAGCUCCAGCUCACAGCUCGUUUGUGGGUUUUGGCCUUUUAAAUAAAUUAGAUUUUCAGGGCUUCCUGUGCAAAAACAAGAGACUUAACUGCGCUUUCUGAGGAGAUGAUAAUUCUCACACUAUAUGUAUAUCAUCGAUAACGUAGAAGUGUGGUGAUGUUGUUUUUCAUGAUUUUUGAAAUAUAUUUAGGUUUUCUAUGGCAGCGUAGAGGUGAAUGAAUUGUAAAAAUUGGACAGCAGACAUGGGAGUUAAGCACAAUGAUCAUAGUAUAUUUUGCCCCAGCUUUUGUACAUGUAAUUAUUACCCUAUAAAAUGCUGUGAUAAGGAGGGAAGCCAGCUGACUUUCAGUUUCUCUUAAGACUGAUCCCACUCACAUUUGAUCAUCUCACACUUUGUUCACAUGUUCACUGUGAUACACCAGAUUUUGUUUUUGGGACAUUUUUUGCUGUUUGUUACUGGUGGUGGAAAAAAAACUCUGAGGUUUUAUUUAAUUGCCAUCAGUUAAUGUACUUUCACCUCUGAUUACUGCAAACCACUUAGACAGCAUGAUCCCAUGCAUUUAUUGUACGACAUGAAUAUGUAGCAGACAUUAAAAGUGAGAUCAGACCAAUACAAAUGUUGAGAAAGUCUUGAUGAUGUAAACUGCCCCCCCCCCAAACCAAAACUAGAAAUUUGUUUAUGCACUGGACAUGUAUUUUGGACAUGCAGGAAAUCAUUGAGAGAUUUAACAGGGAGAUUUCCUCUAAGCCUGCAUCCCUUUAGUGGGUGAUGUGGAUGGCAGCUUGUGUCCUGGUUCAUGCUGAUUCCAGGCCGCAGGACCCUUUGUGCCUAUGUGCUACCACAGAAGAUGUAAAACACCACUGGUGAUUAUUCAUCCCUUCUGUAGCAUUAAUGGGUCUUGUAGCUCUGCCUGUGAGUAGCUGUUUUUAAUAUGUGUGCUCCUGGGGAGCAAUUGCUGGUUUCCUUGAGAUGUUUCUGUUCAGCCUAACACAGGGCCCCCUUGCCCACAUUUAUUCAGGUAAAUACAAUGCCAGCCUAGGAACUCCUGCCUUUUGCAUCAUCAGUGCUAAACGCCUAAACCCAGACGUCCCAUAUUUGCACCCUGAAUUAGCACCUGUGACUUAUUUAAUCGAUUUAAGCCCCCUAGCAGGCCGUCAUGGUUUGUACGCGGCUGUUGACAAGCAGUCGUUCAGCCAGCCAUGAAACAGCUACAUAAAUGUGUGUGUAGAAUGCCUUAUUUUUUUUACCCAUUGUAAAUAGAGCUACAUUUGGUGACUGUGUGUUUAUAUAGAACUCUAUGGCAUUGCUGAUCCUUUAGUGUAAGAAAAAUGUAUAUUUUUUCACUUUUAAAUAUUCCCAUUGAAUUUCACAGGAAGUGACAUCAGACCUGUAAUAGAUAUGCAUAUGUACUCGCCAACGGUUCUCCUGUAUUCCGUUUGUAGAUUUUUCAAGGGGAUGUUGGAGAACUAGAAAAUCAAAUUUCCCGUUUGGUUGUAAUGAUUACACUAGAUAUUGUUCCUGUGAAAAAUCAGGUGUGUGUGUGUGUGUGUGUGUGUGUGAGAGAGAGAGAGAGAGAGAGAGAGGGAGAAUGAGUGAGAGAAAGAGAAUACGGUCCGGGUUGUGAUCGAGGGUCUAACGGCGGACACGUGGCCAUGUUGGACUCUGGGACGAUGAGUAAACAUGGUUAAUGACACGGAGGCUGCCGAUUGCGGACAGCCACUCUGCUCGCCUGUGAAUGGAGGCUGAAAGGAGUUAUCCUUUUAUUUGUUUAGUAUUUGGCAUUGUAAAGAGUAUUUAUAUGUUUGUAAAAAAAAUAAUAAUAAUAAAGUCCAGACUCUUCCAUCAA